CUAGUAUCUUGCACUACUGGUGGUAAGUCGUACUGCCAGCGCGCCAAUUUGCACUUUCCUCUGUUUCAAAAUUAUUUAUUUUCCUACAACAAGUCCAUUAUUCAGAAUAAUAGUAACUGGUCUACAAAAAAAGUUUAUUUUUCAGGCAAAAAAGAACUACGUUGGUCUGGGAAUAAAUAAUUGAUCUGUUGGCUUUAUUGGUGGUCUAUAUAGUCGAAACUACAGUCUCCAUUUAAACAGUUUAAUUGGGCCCAGCAGGGUGAACGUUAUCACUCAGCAACAAGAAGAGCUUCUAGAACAUAAAGAGAAAAUCUCGCAUUAUCCCACAGUUUCCACAAGUCGUCCUGGGAGGAUCUUGAUACCAUCUAACACUUACAGAAUGUCAAACGCACCUGAUUACAGGAACUUUAUUGAGGCUCUACAUCAAACUUUGAACAACCCCAACAAUCGGGUUGCUGUGGAUAACCGGGGCUAUGCUCUUGAAAGUCCUCUCGACUUUUACAAGAAUAACUGGGUCGGAGACGGAGAAAGUGUUGAUCAAAAGAAAGCUCAGGAAGUCGACCCCUGGAACAAGGAUGAGAAACUUACUAUCUCACAGCAUUUUGCAUCGCUAUGCUCCUCCACGACUAUGCAUGGAAUCAGUAAUGUAUUUGAUCCAUCGUCUGCUACCUUACGAAAAGGUAUAUGGUCGGUUGUUUUCUUGUGUAGCUUUAUCUUCUGUGCUUACGAAAUUGGAAACAACGUAAGGUAUUACCUGACUAAGCCGGUAAAUACUGUGUUCAAAAUCGACUACGUCGACGAGAUCAAAUUUCCUGCCGUUACCAUAUGUAACAAUAAUCCGAUUCGCAAGUCUUGGGCAGCGACAACCCCGUUCUUGCCUGUUAUCAUGGCGUACAACGCUAACCCUGGCGAGGAGGCAAUUCCCAUCAAUUGGGACGCGUAUAAUUGGACUGGGUUUGGGUUCGACAAGCUGAUGUCCUCCGCCGCCCACCUGGCAUCUGAGAUGAUACACACUUGUAAGUGGAAAGGCAUAUAUUGUUCGGCAGCGAAUUUCACCCUGGAUGCCACUUUCCUCGGCGGGUGUUACACUUUUAACAUUGAUCAAAGAUUGAUGGUCACUGGCACAGGGAUGGCGAAUGCUCUGCACUUGGUGCUUAACAUACAGCAAAACGAAUACAUCGGGAACGUUCGAAGUGGUGCAGGAUUUCGGCUGCUUUUCCGUGAAAAACACGAGCCUCCCUCGACGGAUCGCUUUGUUAUUGCCCUGCAACCUGGAACUCAAACUCUAAUCCCGUUGACGAUGAAAAAGUUGAUCAGUUUACCCGAACCAUUUGGUGUUUGUCAAGAAAAAAAUAACCUGAAAAUGUUUGAUAAAUACAGCGUGACUGCUUGUGAAUUUGAAUGUCGUGCAAGACUUGGUGGCAAGCUUUGUGGAUGCCGCGAGAUGUACCCCUCGUCUAUCAAAACAGAAAUCCCGGUCUGUCUACCCAAGGCGUACCGCGAUUGCUUGAAUCCCCUUCUCGUGGAAAUCAGUGUGAAUAACCUUUGCCGUGGAUGCAAGAACCCGUGCAACAAGGUCACCUUCGUACCUCGCAUGUCCUACUCACAGUAUCCAGCCAAUCACAUCGCUGACUCCAUGGCCAUGAGCAUGAAUACGACACGUGACUUUGUCCGGGAUAAUUUCCUGGAAGUUGAGAUUUAUUUCGAAGAUAUAAUGGUUGAGAUCAUCGAGCAACAGGAAGCGUUCUCCCUGACAAGCUUAGUGGGGAUUAUCGGAGGAACACUUGGCGUGUUUAUCGGGGCUAGCAUAAUAACAGUGUCAGAAUUCAUGGAGUUUUUAAUCCUUAUACCGUUUCGCAGAUGAGGCGUGACAGAGGUCCUUGAUACGCAAAUAAAUCGUGUAAGGAUGUAUCCGACAGCUAGGGUAAAUGACCAAAAUAUCGAUACAUAUUUUACGAUAGGUGCCGAAUCCCUCAAACUUGUUUUGACUUAAACAAACCGAACAUUUUUCUACCAUAGGGAAAACAGUUAUUUGUUUUUUUUGCCACUCUGGCUCUGUGGAAAACGGGAGAAUGAGAAGAUUAUUACUACCCUUCGCUAGCCUCGAGUUCAGGCGCAAUAACAACACUAAUUAUAAGUGGAAAUCCAAAUGGGUGCCUACGGGCAAGAGCUGCACGCUUAUUUUAUUAGAUGUUAAAUAUUAAGACAAGUUCCAACAAAAUAACGAGCAGUUUUCAUCAAUAGGCGUCAAAAAUCUUCGUACCAGUCAAAACCAUAGCAGCAGUGCUAUGGUUUUGGUGUGUUUGGUAUAGUUGUCAGUAGUCAUGUGUAGUACUAAAUUUUAAUUUUAAUAGCUAAAUAGUGAACGUUCUGAGCUUGCAAAUAAAAUACUUUUUGUAUACUCUAAAUUAAGUGCAAGCGAGUGAUACACAAUUCAAGAAAAGAGAUAAUAAUCCUAGAAAAAUACAACUUCAUAAUCAUCGCCCGAAACGAAAAACUGGGAUAAUAUAUAGAUUUAGGCACUGCCUAAAAGCGGAGCCAGCAUUUAACACCUUUUUGUGUUGACUGAUAGGGGUAGUUUUAGAGGGGAUCUUGGUGUCUCUAGAAUGUUUUUUUAAUGAGAUUAAAAGUAUGUCAAAUUUUACUGCCAUGUAAUUAUGAAUUGUAUUGGCCCCUCCAAAUGGAUCAAGCAAGCACUCAUUCAAUAAUAUUAAAUAUGCAGUAUAAAAGUUAACAAAAUACUAAAACUUGGUGUGAAAAAGGCUGUCAAAGUUCAAGGUGUCACAUUGACGAGAAUGUUUUU